AUGAUGGGAAUACUGUACGAGAAAAGGCCGCUGAAAAGGCCAAGACUGGGCCCCCCAGACGUCUACCCACAGGAGCUGAAGCAAAAGGAGGACGAGCUCUCGCUAACAAACGUGAAGCAUGGCUUCAUGGCUACCACGACUCAGCUGGCAGAUGAGUCGGGAACAGGUAGAAACUACAAUGUUACCGCCGCCAAGGUCGGCGCGUAUUUCAACGCGAUUCUCGCCAAGAAGGAGGAGCUCGCGACGAUGCCCGACACCGGCAGGAAGAGACAGCAGAUUAAUCCCAAAGACAACUUCUGGCCAGUAACAGCCAGGACGAAGAAUGGCAUUGAAGCGUGGUUCAAGGAUCUUUCGGGCAGCAAGCCGUUGGUCGCGCUUGCGAAGAAGGCGCCAAACUUUAACAAGAAAGAAGAGAUUUUCAUGAUGCUCUGCGAGUACCAAGUGCCAAUGUUGAGGGCAGCUUGGUUUAUCAAGCUUAGUUCUGCUUACACAGUUGCAGUUUCGGAAGCCAAAAUAAAGAAGCGUCAACUGCCUGAUCCAACUACAGAAUGGACGGGCACUCUUAUAAAAUUUUUGAAAGAUCAGUUAUCCAAACUACAAGAGUAUUAUCAUAUGGGUAAUCAGGUAACUAGUACUAGUAACAAUAAUAGUGCAACAAACAGCUCCUGUAAUAGCAAUGGGACUACUGGGACAAACAACAGCAGCAACAGUAACAACAACAGUAACAGCAACAGUAAUAAUAACAAUAACAGUAACAGUACCAGUAACAAUAACAAUGUUAAUAAUAAUAAUAGUAAUAAUAAUAGUGCAAGCAAUAACGUAAGCAAUGGUUCUGCCAAUAAUCAAUCACCUACACCUACAUCAAGCAGUCAAUCUACGACGACCUGUACAAUGAACGAGGAGCAUAAAUUAGCACUUAAACAAUGGCAUUAUUGUGUACAAUUGGCUAAAUAUAUGUUUGAAGAAGGUUUGCUGGAUAGACAAGAAUUGCUACAGUGGAUUCUAGAAUUACUGGAUAAGAUCAGAUCCUCUCCCUCGGAAGAUGGCAUAUUGAAGCUUCUAUUGCCAUUAGCUCUGCAAUAUCUGGAGGAGUUUAUACAAUCCGAAUUGCUAGCCAGACGAUUAGCAUAUUUAUGCUGUCGUAAAUUGGCACAUAUGUGUAAUAAUGUUGAAAGUAACAAUCCACAGAGUCCGUCCAUUACUAAGAACGAAGUUAACGGUAGCAAGGACACUACUGUUGCUGCCCAAGGGCCAAAUCUUUUAACAGUUGCUUUCAAUGAUUAUUUGACUUGUGCACACCACAGAGACGUAAUUUACAGUUUAUCUACUAUAAUACAGGUCAUAACAUUAGAGUGCCCGACAGCAUUGGUCUGGAAUAGCGUUGGUGAGGGAAAGGCACCAUCAGUUUUGAAUGGAUCACCUUUAGACUAUUUACUGUGUCCUCCUGCAACUUUGCCAUGCCCACCUGCAAGUUCUGGCAAUCCUACAAUGAAACAACUGAGGGUUGCUCAAGAAAAUAUAAGGGCUCGAUCCCAGGCAGCGGAAGGUAGAUGGUCGUGCGAUAAGUGGCAGCAAAGCAGCGCAGGAACGACGACUACCAAAGUGCUAGCUGCAUUAGACGCCCUUGAUCGGCAUAGUUUUGAUAAAAUGGACGUCUCUAAUUCACUCGACACUCUAUAUGCAAAAAUCUUUACACCACCUCCAAAAGACACUUCUAAUGAACGUGACACAAAAACAGAAUAUAAUCCACAACAGGAUUCAGCAGUAGUUGAAAUUCUGUGCGAAUGGGCUGUGAGUGCUGAACGUUGGGGGGAACAUAGGGCGAUGGCGGUUGCUAAGCUCCUUGAAAAGAGACAAAGUGAAGCCACUGGCGAGACUAACGAUAACGAUGAUAAAGACAGCACAUGUAGUAAUGGAAGUCCACCUGUGCUCCCAAUCUUUCAACCAUUACUUAUGAAAUUCUUAGAUAUGGACGCUCCGGUACUUGAUAAUACCUCAACUCAAUCUAAGGCUCAAUUUACAAAUUUAAUUCACCUAUUCUCGGAAUUGAUUAGGCAUGAUGUUUUCUCACACGAUGCGUAUAUGUGCACUCUUAUUUCAAGAGGUGAUCUCAUACAAGGCCCUGUAGCUAGCAAACCUGGAACACCUAGCAACAGAGAACCGAUUGAUGAAGAUAGUCUCUUUCCGGGUAUAGAUUUAAAACCGUCUAAAUUGGAAGUAUCAGAUCAUGGACGUACUAUGGAUUAUGAUGACAGUAAAAUUGAUGAUGAUUUAGAUAAGAUAUUGCAACAUAUUAAAGAAGAUCAACAAAAUAGCAUGGAUGCGCCGGAUAGUCCUAAAGAGGAUGCACUGACUGGUCAUGGAGGUCAUGAAAGUCUUGAUUCAAAAAUACCAUCAAGUCAUAGCAGACAUUUAUUGUACACCACGCAUUUUCCAUUACCACAAGAUGAGACAUGUAGUCAGCAUGAUUGUAAUCAGCGACAUGUAUUACUUUAUGGUGUUGGACGUGUGAGAGAUGAAGCUAGACAUGUUGUUAAAAAAAUGACGAAAGAAGUAUGCAAAUUAUUUGGAAAGAAGUUUAGCAUUGAUGUUGCCGAAGGGGGGAAAGUAAAGAAACAUUCUCGAAGUGAAUUUAAUUUUGAAGCUAUUACUAUGAAAUUUCAAAAUCUAAGUUAUUUCGAUCAACACGUUGUAACAUGGCAAUGUGCUACGCAAGUGAUAGAAAUGUUGAAUACAUUUGCAUUAGCUGGUUCAUCAUAUUUACCAGUUCACGAGCAUGUAGCUUUUCUUUUUGAUUUAAUGGAACUAGCAUUGAAUAUAUAUGGCCUAAUUGACGUUUGUAUACAAAUCCUGAAAGAGUUACCGGAAGUGGAGGCACAAUUGACAGCUAGAAAUAGUCAAUUGGUUCGAAGUUACACUACAAAUCUGAGUUUAUACGUAGUUGGUGUAUUAAGAAGAUAUCAUUGUUGUUUAUUAUUAUCACCUGAGCAGACGACAGCGGUAUUUGAUUUACUUUGCAAAGUAGUGAAACAUGUAUCAAAUCCGAGCGACUGCAGCUCUGCCGAACGAUGCGUAUUAGCGCAUUUAUAUGACUUAUAUUCAACGUGUUCUCUCUUGAAGACAAAAUCACACGGAGUGGAAGCGUUUAGUAAUGCAUAUCCGAAAAUUCGAGCCGCUCUCUACAGCACGUUACAGCCAACACCUUCAAGUCAUGUUUAUAAUUCGCAAUUUAUGGUGGAUGUCUUCACUAGUCCGCGAAGAGGUGGAAAAAUUGAGCCGCAAUGGGCGAGACAGUUAAAUGAAACACCAGCCAAUCGUUAUAGUUUCGUUUGUAAUGCAAUUGUUGCAGUUUGCAGCGAAACGGAUAAUGAUAAGUUAAACGAUAUUGCUAUAACUUGCGCAGAGUUAACUGCUUGUUGCAAUGCUCUUAAUGCCGAGUGGUUGGGAGUACUUAUGGCACUUUGUUGCUCAUCUAAUAGUUCCGCUUUCUAUAUUGAUGUGUUAAAUCAAGUUGAUGUACAAGAUUUAAGUAUACAUAAUUCUCUAGCUAUAUUCACAUCGAUUUUAAUUGCAAGGCAUUGUUUCUCUUUGGAAGAUUUUGUUGUGCAUAUAGCACUACCAUCCUUGGUGAAAACUUGCAACGACGGUCGUGGAGACAUUGACAUCGAAGUGGAAGCAGGUGCACGUUUAACUUGUCAUUUAUUACUGAGACUCUUCAAAACCGUGGAAUGUCCACAGCCUGCUUUGUAUUCGGUCAGCACGAGUCCUCAUCCACUUCCAAGUGGAAAUUCUAGGGGUUACAGCAUAAAAUUGAGUUGCGAUAGACACUUGUUGGCAGCUGCACACAAUAAUAUAAGAGUAGGGCCAGUACUCGCGGUGCUAAAGGCUAUAUUGGUCGUGGGGGAUGCUACAGCCGCUAAACAACCUCCAAAGAAAGUAGAUAUACCUUUGAGCCACUCCAGUAAAGGAGGCGGUCCAGCCAGUGUUGGUGUUGGAGUUGGUGUGAGUAGUAGUGGGCCUGGUGAACUAUCAAUCAGUCAUAUUUUGGGAACUAGUGAUAUCUUAGGAGGUGGUGAUGAUCUUGGCCUUGAUCUGGCUAUGUCUUCCUCUAGUAGUAGUGCCGGCAUGACGACGGAAAAUGUCAAGGGAUUUUCCGAUUUUGCUCAUCACGUUUUACGUCAGAUUUGCAGUCAAGAAUGGGUGUUAGAAAGAUGCUUACAAAAUCCUGAAGAGCUUUGUCAUCAGGACAUGCUGUUGGAUAAUAUGUUAACGCCACGACAAGCUCAAAAAUUGUUACACAUGAUCUGUUAUCCCGAAACGCCGACCGAAGCUUUUAUUGAUCAGAAGACACAUAUUACGAAUAUUUUAGAAAAUUUGGAACAAUGGAGUCUAAGAAUGUCCUGGCUAGACUUACAACUUAUGUACAAGCAAUUUGCGUCAGGUUCCAGUGAGCUCUCUCAGUGGUUGGACACAGUUGCGAAAGCCGCGAUCGAUGUUUUUCAGUUAAACAAUACCUUAAGUAAUAAACCUGAUAAAAGAUCGGGUUCUAUAUGGUUAGUUGCUCCAUUAGUUUCCAAGUUGCCAAGUGCGGUACAAGGCAGAGUUUUAAAAGUGGCAGGGCAGGUAUUAGAGUCUGGUAAUUGGUCGAAAACAGCAGGUCGCGAGAGAGGUAGAUCCAAGUCACCUUCAUUGUUUAAUCAUCAACCAUUUCUGUCACUUGUAUUAACAUGUCUGAAGGGUCAGGAUGAUCAAAGAGAAGGCUUGUUGACAUCUCUACAUUCGCAGCUUUCACAAUUUUUGAAUACUAGCAAAGAAGAAAAACACAUUGGUUCUGAGGAUCCUAAAACUAGAGAAGUAUUACAAGACGCGUUACAGUUAAGGUUUAGUCUCGUUGGAGGUGUGUUUGACACAAUACAAAGGAAUACGACCGCUACAACGGACUGGGCGAUUCUACUAGUUCAAUUGGUCAGCUAUGGUGUUAUAGACUUAAAUAAUAAUGCGGAAUUAUUUACGACCGUUAUAGAUAUGCUAGCGACUCUAAUUCACUCCACCUUGGUGUCAGACUCACAGUCCGAGAAAGACGAAAAUAAAAAGCACUACCAAAAUUUAAUGAAAAAGUUGAAAAAAGAAUUGGGUGAUAGAAAUUCUUCGAGUAUUCGCUUUGUAAGACAACUUCUACCGUUACCGAAGCUGACUAUGGAAGUUAUCACGUGCGAACCUGUUGGAUGUUUGACUGAUACUAAAGGCAACAAGAUUGCUGGAUUUGAUAGCAUCGACAAGAAACAGGGACUGCAAGUGUGUGAUUCUCAAAGAGUGUCAGCAUGGGAAAUCUUGGAAGGUCACAAAAAUCCUGCACCGCUUUCCUGGGCUUGGUUCAGAGCUGUCCGAUUAGAACGCAAACCACUUACAUAUCAGAAUGCGCAUAAAUUGUUGCGAUAUCACACUCAUAGUCAAAUUCGACCAGCUAGUCAUUAUCUGGAUUCACCUCCAUUACCACCGGAGGAUCUGGAACCGGAUAAAAAGGAGUCGGAACCUGGCAAAGCAGACACUCCAAUGAGCAUCGAUUCGCCAGGUCGUGUUGGCGGUAAUGUCGGUAACGCCGGAGUUAAUAAUGCGAAUACUAAUGGUAAAGGAAAAGCCAUGAAGAAUAAACGACACAAUAGACGAGUGAAAGGUGCUGCUACGCCUACAACGCCUAUAUCGCAGCAGAUGCAACAGCCACCAACUCAGUUACAACAAAUGGCAUUCGGUAAUCAACAAGCUCCUGUUGCGCAACAGCCCGGAAUGUUCGCUGGGCAGCCGCCACAACCUCAGCAGCAAUGGUAUAGCAAUCAGCAAACUCACACACCUGCACAGCAGUACGCAUACGGUCAACAGUUACCACCUACACCGGUCGGUGGACCGCGCUACGAGAGACCGGGGAUGAAUAAUCAAUCUAAACAAGCUCUGUCGAAUAUGUUACGUUUACGAUUACCAUCCAAUCAGUUCAUGGGUUCACAACAACAACCACCAAACGCUACGCCGGUAGCCGGACCAGGUGCGUUCCAAGGAAUGCAGAGACAACAAUUUAUUAGACAACAAUUGAGAGCGCAGCACGGAGCACCUGGCAUAAAUCCACAGCAAGGCAUGUUUGCGGCACAGCAACAGCAACAGCAGCAGCAACAGCAGCAGCAAGGAAUAUACGCUGGAAUUCAACAAGGUAUGAAUCAAAAUUAUGCAGGAUAUGGUGGACAACAAAUGAUGCAGCAGCAACAGCAACAACAGCAACAGCAACAAACGCCGCAGCAAACGCAGCAGCAGCAGCAACAGCAGUUGCUUCAACAGCAGCAACAACAGCAGCAAGGCAUCUUAAAUCAACAACAAAAUAUGAUGUUUUCUAAUCAGCAGCAAAUGAUGGGUCCACAAAGAGGACAGGAAUAUAUGCCGCAACAAAGAAUGCAGCCUGGUGCUACAAGACCGCCAUAUUUACAGGCGCCAAAUGUAACAAUGAACGCAAUGGGACCAAUGGGUGGAGGUGUUCAAAAUCAACCAGCUCCUCCGUACCGACAAUCCACUGGAAAACCAGGUGCAGUAGGGGUAACAGGGGUAGCCACAGCCAAUGUCAGCUUACAACAAAAUCAACAGUUUCAACAGCAACAAGCGAUAAAUCAGCAGCGUAUGAGACAACAAAUGUUGGCUAUGCAGCAGCAGCAACAACAAGCACAGCAACAGCAACAACAAGCCGCUCAACAGCAACAGCAGCAGCAACAAGGUGGUGCUGGUGGUCAACAACCCACACCUCAACUCGUAACGCAUUUACAGAGGCACUUGAGUCAACCGCCGCAACAUUCCUAUCAACAUCAACCACCACCUUAUUAAAAAUAUACAAAGAUUUUAUUUAUUUAUCUGUUGGUUAAAUACAGCUAAUGCAACGUAAAAAACAAAAAGAUUCCUUGAAUUCCAGACUCUAUGCUAUUGAAUGAAUGAACAAUGUUUGCAUCAGGAUAAAGGUAUAUUCUAAAGAAAAAAUUUUUAUUAAACUUGCUGUAAUUUUUUAUCAGUCAAUAUUUUUAUUAUGCAUUUGGUUAGACGCUAAUAUAUUUCUUGAUAUAAUAGAUAUAAAAAUGACAUUCGAAAUUUUUACAUCAAAUUGAAUAUCACUUACUAAUGUGAUGUGAAUGUAUCAAUAAUUAAUUAUAGCGAUGUACAUUUCAGUUAAUUCAAUUAAGCAUAAAAAAGAGAAUUUUCUGUAUUAUAUAUAAUAUAGAUUUUUUUUACGUCAAACAUAAAGAAUCACGUUUUAAUGAUCUUAUUCAGUCAAUAUGCUAAGUAAAGAUUAAAAAAUCAUAAAUUGCAACACUUUUGUAAAUUCUCGUAUUAAUAAUAUUACUACGUCCCUCUGUGCUUUGUUUCUAUGUAAGUAAUAUUUGUAAUAUGCUUGAUAUGAGCAUACUAUAAGCAUCACAAAUGCAGGAUAUUACAUUGAUUUACAAUGCAAGCCAAUUGAAGAAAGAUUGUAAUAGAGAUAUUACGUCUAUGUUUUUGAGUCUUGCUCUUGAAAUAUUGUUUUGUGAAGACAUUCGAUUGCCCUAUGUAUCUGCACAGCAUUACAUAAUGUAGUGCUAACACAAUAGGUACGUAAGGGAUGUAACAUAUUAUGACAUGUAAUUUCUAAAGUAUAACGAUAAUAUGACGAUUAUACGUAGUAUAUAGACUAUUAUAAUUUAUAUUAUAAAGUAAAUUUAUUGUUACUGUUAUCCAACUAUUUAAACGGUAUUUAUAUAUAAUAUUUUUUACAUAGACUAUAUAUAUUAACAUUGAUCAUGUAUAAUAGUAUAAAGAUAAAUGUGUUUUAACGAGUGCAUUCAUUAAGAAAUGAUAAUUCAGCAGCUACUAUAGAAUUUACACAGAUGCGAACAAAUUGCGUGGUUCGGAUAAUUGGCGCGAAAUAAAAUAUAAUUAUAAAUUAA